AUGCAAUGGAAGUCUUGGAAGGUCAUGCCUAACGAGAUCAAGAUGGAGGUUCGCGGCCAGUUGUCGACGAACUACCACUUAGAGGACCUCAACGAGGAAUCGAUGGCGUACGUCAACAGACUCUUCGGUGAGAGGUACAAGCAAUGGAAGAGCGAUUUGCACCACCAUUUUGAGGCGUUUGAUGAUCCACAAGUCGCCCUUCAGGAGGGUUGCCCGAAGGAGCUUGAGGGGCGGGAGGAUAGUUGGGCGUGGCUCUGCGCUCAUUUUUAG